AUGCAGCAAUGGCAAUGUGUGCAAAGUCUUCGCAUGCAGUCAUGUUCCUUUUCUGGCAUGCAGUCUGUACGACGCAUUCGCAGGGAUCUAUUGUGGACAGCAAGGCGGGAACAUGUCGAACCCGCCGGCAAGCAUGAUCCUUUCCGGGCUGUUGUGCUUUCCAUUUGUGGAGCCUUCGUGGCGGGAUUCUUCGCGAGAGGUCGCAGAACACUCGUUGCACGGAGAUGUGCAGUGAGGAAAGUAUUAGCCUUGAAAGACUCGAAAGCUGAACCGAGGCCGGAGAGCAUGUACGAUGCUCUUCGACGUUUGAACGAUCACGCCGCGGCCCUGGGUGGCAAUUGCCUGGCGGUGGAGUAUCAAAACAACUGCACGAAAGUCCCGUGGCGGUGCCGACAUGGACACACCUGGGAUGCGCUGCCAAAAAACGUGCUGAACAGCAAGACCUGGUGCCCGGAGUGUGCCAGAAACAGGCAACGGAUCCCAGCGCAGCGGCUGCAAGAGCAUGCGAAAGCACGAGGUGGCCGGUGUCUUCUAACGAGCGAGCACAACAGGUCCAGGGCAAAGGUCUUGUGGCAGUGCAAGCUGGGACACACCUGGGAGGCCACACCGGACAGGGUUCUAAACCGUGGAACCUGGUGCCCAAAAUGCUCCCGCAAAGGGCGAACUCGCAAAAAGCGCAGCUUAAAGGACUUGCAGCAGCACGCCGCUUCCCUCGCCGGCAGCUGCCUCGCACAAGCUUAUGAAGGUUGGAAGACACCGGUGGCGUGGCAGUGCCACAAAGGUCACACAUGGUCGGCAAGCCCAAGCAGCAUCCUUUGUCAGGAGACUUGGUGUCCUUUCUGUGCAGGGAAGGCCCGACUCGACCUGCACCAAUUGCAGGAGCAUGCGGCGCGUCGGGGUGGCGAGUGUUUGGCCACUGAAUAUGUGAACAACAAGUCGAAAGUUACCUGGAAGUGCGAGCAUGGCCAUACCUGGCAGGCAAGUUCUGACGAUGUUCUGAAUAGGGGCCAUUGGUGUCCCCACUGCAGGAAAAUUGGUUUACUGCGUGUCCGGGAUCAUGCCGCCUCUCUCGGAGGAAGGUGUUUAGCCAGGUCGUACAAGAACUCGUCCGAGAAGCUUCUCUGGGAAUGCAAGGAGGGACACAGAUGGCCUGCCACGACCAAAGCUGUGUUGUAUGGCAAAACAUGGUGCCCUCAGUGUGCGGCCAGAACCUGGCACACAGAGGCGGAGGUCCGACGCAUUCUCGAGACCAUCUUUUUUCCUGCUACCUUUCCUUCCCGUUACCCUUCUUUUCUGCAAGGCUUGCAGUUGGAUGGGUACUGCCCCAACUUCAAAUUAGGUUUCGAAUACCAGGGGGAGCAGCACUACGACCCCGAGAAUUACUUUCAUUUCGGCGACCUGUCCAGCUUCCAUGCUCAGCAAGAACGGGACCGGAGGAAGGCGAUACUUUGCAGGAAGAGCGGCGUGCGGCUCUUGGUCGUCCCCUGCUUCGUUAACGACAAGAGGACCUUCGUUUUGACGGCCUUGCUGCACUGGUUCUCAUGGGCUCAAAUCGCGCCGACGGAACUGCCCAGAUGCUGA